UUACUUUUUUAAUUACGUCUAUCUCGGUAGAAUGUAAUGAGCUGCUGAAAUACUAUGCUGCUGACACAAACACAAACAUGUAUUGAAAUGGAGUAUGGCUCGAGAGGCGAAACCAUUCUAAAUGCCUUUAUUUAAACCUGUCUUUCUUAAGAACUUAUGUAUCGCCCGAAUAUAAUUGUAAAUAUCCUCCAUUAUCAUACAGUACGAAUGUUCUCUGUAUUCAAUUUCUUCAUGUAAGGAGCAGACCGCUCUCAGGGCGCUAUAUUAUGACGUCAUGAACGCACCCGGAAGUGUAGCGAGAUGUGUUUUUAGCCUUAAAUGUGUCUGUGUGUAAACCGUAUUUAAUUUUUUUUUUACUGUCGUUCCAAAUAUUCGAUGGGAGUGUGCGGAAGGUUCGAAGACCGGCUAAGACGGGAAAACACAAAUUUGGGUCUUUCGUGUUUUAGCGGGAGCGAUCGUAGGUAUAAAUGUAUAAAAUAGUCAUGGCUUCAUGUCUUCUAAGUACUUUUAUAGCGUUUGUAAGACGUGUUAUUCUUAAUAAAUACCAUGUGCGCAAUGAUUUUAAUGCAGUAAUACUUACAUAGCUGCCAACAUUUGCAUUUCGAAUGGUUCAACGGUGUUAUUAUACGGGCGUGCUUUUUUAUUUUGAAGGCCUUAAAGGAUGUGUUACAUCGAUGUUCCCCAAGUGUUUCUGAGCUGCUGUGCUGCUCCGGCGGAACCGGAGAGGGUAUUUUUUCAUGAAAGUUAAAAUAAGGGACACAACUACAGGAAACUAUUAAAACAGGAGGGUGCAGGGAAAGAACUGCAAAACACGGGAGUUUCCUGGUGAAAACGUGAGGGUUGACAGUGUGUCCACAGUCAUGGUGGACGUUGGCGUGAAGAGCGCAGAGGCGUGGCUCUGUCAACCUGAAGGACGCCAACUGGCUGACUUGGUCCUGGCUGUUGACGUCUCAGGGAAAGAUGAAGGGGAGCUCACGGAGACAUUUUGGGGCAACCCCGUACUGUUGGAGCAAGUGGACGAGGGUUCUCCCUGCAUCCUGACUCUGACCUGUAGUCCCGCCUCCCCCGCCACCAUCAGCCACCUGAUGCUCGUCAGCGAGGCUCGGACCAUGGAGGUGUACCUGCAGACGGGAGAAUACUGCGGGACGGUUCGGGGGCAGCGGCGGGACGACGUUCAGCAUCCGGACAGAGGGCCGUUCUACAGGAAACAGCUGACCCUGGAGGAGCCGGCAUCGUCAUGUGAAGUCAAGCUUCUCUCCCUGGGGGGCCGUGGCAGCUUGAUGCUGUGUGGCUUGGUGGUGGGGCUCCGGCCGCUGCAGCCCCACCCACCGGGCACCAGCAGCGACGGUGCCGUCAAUCUGCAGCGGGUGCAGAGUCUGGUGGAAGGGAUGGGCACCACCCUGUCCCCGGGGGCUCAGAACCUCAUGGACAUGGUGCGUGUCCAACACAAGAACCAGACCAGCUCCCUCGACGCCUUCUGGCCUCUGCUGAUGGGGAGGGGCUUUUUGUCUACUCUGGCUGGCGAAGGCCACACCCCCCAGCCUCCACAAAAUCCAAGCGGACCCCUACCAGAAGACUCCGCCCACCCGGACGGGCCACAGCGUCAACUCACCGAGGGCAGCGAGCCCGGCGCCCCGCUGGCUGAGAUGAUGUCCCACUUCCUGAAAGGGUGGGAACACGGGCAGGUGCCGAGCCCCGCCCCCGAGCUCCUGCCCGUGCUCCAGAAGGUUUGCGGUCAGGUGACACAGCUCAGACUGGACGACGUCACGGCAGCAAAGGAGAGGAUGACGCAAAACGGCACACGGGAGCUGGAGCGGGCCAUGGAGCGUCGCUUGGAGGAGAUGGAGCGGAGGCUGAAGGAGCACAUGGACCGCCGCCUGGAUGCUCUGGAGCAGAAGCUGGAGAAAGCUCUGCUCGGCGCUCUCCAGCAGGGAACACCUGGCGGCCCGGCGGCGGGAGUGCCGGAGUUGACGGUCCACAGGUCAUAGCUGUAAGGAGGCGGAGCCAAAGAUGUGCACUGACUCGUAAUCGUUUCACUCAUGGAAUAAUGUCUGCUGCUCUCUGGGUUGGUACCACACCACCAACACAGAACCCCUAACCAGGAGAAUUCAUCUCUUUCACAGGGAAGUCCAAUAACUGCACUGAAUAGUUGUUACUUUAUUUGGGCUCCAAAUGUACUAAAUCACGUUGCUUUUAAUGACUGUAACGUUAACAAAUAAAAUAUUUAUACUGGCACUCCUGCCUGGAAGCCUUCACAGUGAGUAAACAGCGUCAGUGCACCCUCCAGCCCACAAGGGGCACUCUACUCAUGUUUAGGCUGUCAAAAGACACUUCAAAAUAAUUUUAUUUUCUUUUUAGAAAAACAGACAACUAAAAAACAAUUUACAAAGAAAAUGAACUUAUCCACAAGGUGUGUGUGUGUGAGACGUGGUCGCAGAGGAAGUCUAAUGUCUUUAAACACAGCAGGUGUUCCACAGCGCCCCCACGCUCUUGUCGGUCGUGCUCACAGUGUUGCCGGAGGGGUCAAGGGUCGAUCUCCUCAGGCACGAUGGAGAG